AUGGAAGCAUAUCUAGAUGCUAACGAUGUAUGGGAAGCGGUAGAACAAGACUACAAAGUGGCUCCCUUACCAGAUAAUCCUACGAUUGCUCAAAUGAAAAAUCACAAAGAAAGUAGGCUUCGAAAGUCCAAAGCCAAAUCAAUUUUGUUCACAACGGUAUCUCCAGUCAUUUUCAACAAAAUAAUGACAUUGAAAAUGGCACAUGAAAUCUGGAAGUUUUUGAAGGAAGAGUAUGAAGGCAAUGAGAGAGUCAAAGGAAUGCAAGCUUUGAAUCUAGUUCGAGAACUUGAGAUGCAGAGGAUGAAAGAUUCAGAGACAAUUAAAGAUUAUGCGGACAAGCUUCUCAGCAUUGCAAACAAAAUAUGUCUUCUAGGCACUGAGAUUCCUGAUUCUCGAAUUGUUCAAAAAAUACUUGCAACAAUUCUAGAAAUAUAUGAAGCCACAUUGAUUUCCUUGGAGAACUCAAAAGAUCUCUCUACUAUUAUCUUGGCAGAACUUUUGGCAGCACUUCAGGCUCCAGAACAAAGAAGACUCAUGAGAGAAAAUGGUCAUAUUGAAGGGGCUUUGGACAUGUGGAGAAAAUAUGCAAGUCAUCAGAAAAACAAGAGAAUGUACAAGCAAGAAGAAGAACUUUUUGUUGUUUCUUGCUUUGCUACUGCAAGAUCAACAGAAAGUUGGCUAAUUGAUAGUGGUUGGAUGAACCACAUGACGUAUGAUAAAAAAUUAUUCAAAGAUCUUGAUGCAACCUACAACACAAAUGUUAGAAUUGGAAACGGGGCAAAAAUAGUAGUGAAGGGUAAAGGAACCAUCACGAUCAAAGGUUGCACAAGUUUGAAAUUAAUUACUGAUAUUCUAUAUGUUCUUGAAAUUGACCAAAAUUUGUUGAGUGUUGGCCAACUUCUAGAGAAAGACUAUAAAGUUCUAUUUGGAGAUAAAAGCUGCAUGAUUAAAUUUUCAGAUAAUAAAGAAUUAUUCAGAGUUCAAAUGAAAGGCAAGAGCUUUGCUUUGAAUUUGAUUGAUGAAGAGCGGUUUGCUUUGCACAAGAUUGAAGAUAAAAUGCAAGUACAUGGGAUGCCUGAAUUGGAAGACAAAUAA